AUGGUGCUGGUGAUUGGCAUCGGCCUGGGCACCCGGAUGCUGAAGAACUUCCUGCACGGAAGCAAGACCUACGAAGCCACCGUGCUCAUGGGCACGGAGACAGACACACAGGACUCCGCAGGCACGGCUGUCGGGACAGCUCCUUUCGACUGCGUGACCCGGGAGGCCUUGGAGGAGUUGCUGCCCUCAUUCCGGGGCCCAAUCAUGCAGGUGCCGCCCAUGUAUUCGGCGCUGAAGGUGAAGGGCAAGCGCCUGUACCAGCUGGCUCCAGCCUUGGGAGUGUAUGGCGAAGGGCAUCCCUUCGGCGAUCCCUCUUGGUACCAGGCAUACAACACGCCGUACUACAACGACACCCACAAGCAGUUCCGAAAGAUUAUGCGCGAGUACGUCGAUGAGCACAUCAUGUCUAACGUGCACGACUGGGACGAGAAGGGCGUGAUCCCCAAAGAGAUGUACUUGGAGGCUGGCAAGCAGGGCACCCUGGCCCUGUGCAUUGGAAGGCCCUGGCCGGAGAAGUACUUUGGCAAGGCCCCCUGGGGCUUCGAGCCGGAUUAUUUCCAUGAGCUGAUCAUGUACGACGAGAUGUCGCGCACGGGCUCCGUCGGCUUCCAGUGGGGCGUCGCGGGAGGCACCACCAUUGGCCUGCCACCGGUGUACCACCACGGCAGCGAGGAGCUCAAGGAUCGCGUGAUGCCUCCGUGCGUGAAGGGCGAGAAGGUGUGCUGCCUCGCCAUCACCGAACCCACGGCGGGCAGUGACGUGGCCAACUUGAAGUGCAGUGCCAAGUUGGAGGGCGACUUCUACAUCCUGAAUGGGGAGAAGAAGUGGAUCACGAACGGCAUCUUCGCCGACUUCUUCACGGUGGCCUGCCGCACCGGAAAGCCGGGUGUGGGCGGGAUCAGCUUGCUGCUCGUCGAGAAGGACAUGCCCGGGGUGGAGACUCGGAAGAUGAAGUGCUCCGGCGCAUGGUCUUCCGGCACCACCUACAUCACCUUCGACGACGUCAAGGUGCCCAAAGGCAACCUGUUGGGCAAGGAGGGCAAAGGCUUCCAGUACAUGAUGCAGAACUUCAACCACGAGCGCUUCGCCUUCUGUGCCAUGAGCACCCGCUUCGCCCGGGUGUGCUUGGAGGAUUCCCUGAAGUUUGCCGGCAAGCGCAAGACCUUCGGGAAGACCCUUAUCCAGCAUCCGGUGAUUCGCUGGAAGGUGGCGGAAAUGGCCCGGCAGAUCGAAGCGACCCACAACUGGCUGGAGUGGAUCACCUACCAGCUGAAGACCAUGCCCAAGCUGGAGGCGAUGCUCAAGCUGGGAGGGCACACCGCGCUGUGCAAGGUGCAGUGUACCAAGGUGAUGGAAUACUGCGCACGGGAGGCUGCUCAGAUCUUCGGCGGCUUGUCCUACUCGCGGGGAGGACAGGGAGAGAAGGUCGAGCGACUGAACCGCGAAGUGCGUGCGAUGGCAAUUCCCGGCGGCUCUGAGGAGAUCAUGCUGGACCUCGGUGUGAAGCAGUCGACGAAGCUGGCGCAGAUGGCGAAGAUGUUCGCGGAGGCUGCGCCCCAGCAGGGUGCCGCCAAGCUCUGA